AUGGACCCAGUUGCCCAGAGACAAUUUGUGCAGACAAACAUGGACUCUGAUUUACAGUUCAUUUUAGGUGAAGCUGGAGUGAGUCUUGAGCAUCAGGUUGGAAUCGCCCGUCAUUACGGGAAUCUCAGGAAGUUUAGUGCUUUGGGCGAUGACCGUCCAGCUAUCAGGACUGCCUGUGCGCAAGACUUUGCAAUUCCACAGGACACACCAGAACAUCGGUCGCAGAUCGCUUCAAUUGUCGCUGCUUGGGAAACUGCAAAGGAAUACCUUGCAAAGGAAGUCGAACUUAAAGCAGAGGCCAAAGUUUUAGGUCAACCCAGGGUCUUGCAAAUUCACGAAAGACAAGCAAUGUUAAGGGCAGUCGAAGCAAUCCACGGUGAUUUGGGCGAUCAGGAAUGCCCUUCUUCAGACUACCUGUCGAUCAAGGCUGAGGAGACGGAGUGCAAUGAGCCAUCAGCGGCAUCCUUAGAUGAGAUUCUUUCGAAACAUGCUUCAUCGAAUUCUCAGAUACAGUCAGCAGUGGAUUCUUCAGGGCACAUCAGAGUCACAAGGACGAAAACCAAGGGUAAGAUGCCAACCACGACAGAAGAGUUCAGGAAGAUCAUGAAGGUCGAAACAUAUGCCUGGCUCUGCAUGGCUUCCAGGUAUCGUGCAAAGCAUUGGUUGCAUGGGCUCACGGCUGAACCGUUUCAGAAGUUUACAGAGUACAUUUUGGGUGAUCGUGUUUUCGGAAUCCAGAUUCCCACCUCUUCCUCAGACACCACUGGUCAAACGAAGGUGAAACCUGAUUGGUCAAUAGUUCUUGCAUACGAACACAAGUUGAGGAAGGAGGCCAUGAAACGAGUUUUGGAGGGUUACACCCUUGCUGAUUCCCUCCUUGCGGUGAUUCGUGACCCUGAUUUGAAAGAAGCCUACUUCACGACGCCGGUUGCCCUCAAGUCGGCCAUGUCGGAGACCCAGCAGCAGCCUCACAAAUGGCAGCGGUUCAAUAGCAAGGGUGGUUUCUCUGGGAAGCAAUCACAAGGUUUCUCCAAAGGAAAAGGAAAAUUUUCAAAGGGCAAAUCAAAGGGGAAGACGAUGGAUUCACGUCUCAAAGGGUUGAACCUUGCAUGGAGAACACCGGAUGGUCGUGAAUUGUGUUUUCAAUGGAACAAUGGUGAAUGUGAUGGUUCUUGUGGCCGGGUCCAUCAGUGCCGAGUUAAAGGUUGCUACGGCACACACAAGGCUGACGCUAUCGCCGCCCUACCCAGCAGGGCUGCGUGUGAUGAGUUGCCACUGGUUAAGGUGGCUUACCUUUUUGCUGGGAAGCGUCGACAUUCUGACGUUGCGGCAUUCUUGAGGAAAGCUGAAAUGGCAAACACUUUUUUUGAGCGAUGCAUUAGGGCGUGCCACGUUGUUUCUGAUACAGGUGGAUGUUUUAUUUUGGAGCAUCCGGAGGACUUGGGGACAGUUGAGGGAGAGCAGCCAGGUUCCAUUUGGCAGUGGGCCGAUGUGCUGGCGCUAAUCACUGACUGUAAGGCUACAUCGUUUGCUGUCCACCAGUGCAAAUUUGGGGCACCAACGCCCAAACCAACACGCUUCAUGACGAACAUGGCAGUCGACGAUAAAAGGUGUUACAAAGCAUUGCCAAAGUUUGACAAGCUUGGUCUUUACAAGGGGCCAUUGCCCAAACAAUGUGGCCAUGUUCAUACCCAUAAGCUGAUUGGGAGGACAGCAGCUCAAUGGAACACCAGCCCUAGCGCUGCCUACCCCCCAAAACUAUGUCAGUUUUUGGCCGAUUUGAUCCUCAAUGCUAGCGCAUCCUGCGGAAGGGGGGUUAAGGACAAAUCUGGUUCAAGGAAGAGGCAACAAACGUUCACUGGUCACACAUCAUUACAACCUCUUCCCAAGAGAGCCAAAGACACAGCAGGUUCAGCGGAGCAAGCAAUUGAUGUAGAGUCCAGUGAUGACCAGAGUCUGGGGGUACACAGGACAGCAGCAGACAGGACAGAGCAAGGACAGAUGGGCUGCGAUGACCCGGAUGUUGAGGGUGAGACACAGUUUGACUUGGGAGCAUGCAGGAAUACUGGUAGACCGAUUGUGGUCGAAUGGGACAGGUAUCACAGAGACUUCAUAGAUGGGUUUGGACUCUGCAGCCCGGCCAGAUGGAGGCCGUCCCACAGGGGAACACAUAGAAGUGAUGGUAUGGUGAAGUUGGCAAAUCAGACCUUUGAAUUAUUGGUGGAAACUGUGAAGGCAACCAUCCCUGAUGUACGCAAAGAGGCCUUCAGGCUGGUCACUGGAAAAUUGGAGCAUUCACCCUUUUCUGAAGAAACCCUUGAGCGAUUGAGGAACAAGUGGUUUUCUUUGCUUCCUGACCAGCAGGAGGCAUCGAUCAGAGAUGUUGGACAACCUUUCUUUUUGCGGGCGAUGGCACAAUGGCUGAAGGUCUUCGAAGACCCUGACGCAAAGUGGCUGGUUGACGAAGAGGAUUCUUUUGCUACUGGUGUUUGCCUUGGAGUCGAAAAGCCCCUUCCCAGAUCUGUUCAAGUUUGCCACCAAAAGCUGAAACACAGGCGCUUGGACGACACAGAGUUUGCGGCCAUUGCACAGAACUAUCCCUCUGCUCAGAUGUCAUCCAAAGAGCUGGAAGAUAAGUUUCGAGAGGAAGAAUCCCUGGGCCGGAUGUUCCCUUCGAAGGUUGGGGUGCUACAGCAGGAGUAUGGGAGCGACCUAAGAAUUGCCGCUAUGGCUGCGAUCCAGAAGCCGGACGGCAGUGUUCGUCCUUUACAUGAUGCAACGCAUUCUGUUAUGGUGAACCAUUCUAUCAAGUACCAGGACAAGAUCGAUUGCCCGGGCCCAGCUGAGAUUGCAUCCAUUGUCAGGGAAACUUCAGAAACGAAAGAUGCCCCGUUUUGCGUGAGUGCAGAUAUUCGAGCAGCCCACCGAUUGGUUAAGGUGAGGAGGAAGGAUUGGGGCUACAUGUGUUGCAAAGCAGAUUCAGGUUCAGAUACAGUAUGGGUCAACAAGACAGGAACAUUUGGGAUUUCAAGCGCUCCCUACUGGUGGUUCAAGUUGGCCGGACUCCUGGGCCGAUUCAUUGGAUACAUGUUUCAUCAGCGCUGGUUCAUGCACAUGAUUUAUGUUGAUGAUUUACAUGGAGUUUUUACUGGUGAGAGGAAGUUCCUCCAUUUAUGGGUGUGGUUACUGGCAUACGAAAUGGCUGGCACCCCUUUUGGGUAUCAUAAAUUUAAAGGGGGCUUUGCUUCUGAAUUUGUUGGCUUUCAAAUUCGGUACGACAAGACAGAGGUGGGGAUUUCUUUCAAGCGUGGCGACUGGAUUGUUCAAUGGAUCAGCAAGGCAGAGCAGAACAAGUUUGUAGUACAAGCCAGGGAGUUUACGGAGUUCUUGGGGAGAUUGGGUUUCAUUUCUCAGUUGCUUAUUUGGCUUAAGCCUCACCUUGCUCCCCUCUUCUCCUGGUCUGCAGUCACAGCAGCGGGCACAGUGUGCCGAUUGCCUGACACUGUGAUACUUACAUUGCUCUACAUCUCCAAGGAGUUUACGAGGGAGACGUUUCUUGUGUCGGCUCGGAGGCCAGUUUGUUUUCAGGGUGAUCAGUUUCGAACAGAUGCGAAGUGCACCGACACAUACAUUGUUUUGGCUGGUUGGGAACUUUCCUCCAAGCGGUGGUUUGCGUUGAAAGGGGGACCAGCAGAUGCCCCCUAUCUAUUUAAACCUGGCAUGGGCGCCCAGUGGGCUUCUACAUCAGCGGAACUCUUAGCCACGCUGGUGGCGUUGCAAUUGUUUGGAUGGUUUGACACGAGUGGGGGUCGGAAGGCAUUGGAAGUGUCUUUGUUUGGCGGAACAGACAACAGGGCAAACGAGUCGUUAUCAGAAAAGCGGUCAACCACCAAAUGGCCUCUCAUGGGGAUCAACAUGCAGCUGUCAUCCAUGUUGUCACGUUCAAGGUUGAGUUUAGGGCUUAGAUGGAGGCCCAGAGAUGAAAACAAAGAGGCGGACCAACUUACAAAUGAAGACUUCACUGGGUUUAGCAUGGAUCACAGGAUUGCAGUUUCUUGGGCCGACUUGCGGUUCGAUGUUCUGGAGGACAUGGUGAGGACUAGGGAGGCCUUUGAUCAGGCCAGACAACAGGCGAAAGCAGAAGCAAAGCAGGCACCCAAGGUCAAGCCGAAGAAAUUUGACAAAUCACCUUGGUGA